UUCAGAUUCCAGAACCUAUGGUUCCGGUAUGAGACCACAACUGUAGUGUUGUCAUCCACAGGAAAGCCUGGUUUAACGGUAAAGAUUGUAAAAGGUGUGGUUGGAGGUGAUGUGGCUCCGCUGAAAUUAUAUUGAUUUUUUUUCUUGCUGAAAUUUCCAUUAUACCUUUCGUUUCAGCAUCACAUACAGGGGAGGGGGAAGUGCCUGCUCUUCCUGCUUUCACAGCCCCUUUCAUUGAGUGUCCCACCCUAACAUCAUCAACAGUUCUUAACUGGCAGCUUAUAAUCUUCUUUCACAGUGACCAAAAGCAUGUGUGGAGAACAAUGGGCGCUACACUUUGUAUCUGUUCUCGAGCGUCUUUAACUAUUGAAAACAAACGUUAUCACUUUGUCCAGAAGCUGGGUGAAGGUGGCUUCAGUUAUGUGGAUCUAGUGGAGGGUGUACAUGAUGGACGCUUCUAUGCCUUGAAACGCAUAUUAUGCCAUGAUCGAGAGGAUCGAAAGGAGGCUAUGCAUGAAGUGGAAAUGCACCGGCUUUUUAAUCACCCUAAUAUACUACAUCUAGAAGCACAUUGCAUGAUAGAAAAAGGCUCCAAGUGGGAGGCCUGGCUACUUCUUCCUUUCGUCGAGAAGGGAACUUUAUGGAACGAGAUUGAAACUCUAAGAGACAAAAAUGCUUUCCUUUCUGAAGAAAGAAUUUUGCACAUUUUACAUGGCAUAUGUCUAGGACUAAAAGCCAUUCAUGAUCAGGGAUAUGCUCACAGGGACCUAAAACCCACAAAUGUUCUCCUUGAAGAUGAUGAUCGACCAAUAUUGAUGGACCUGGGAUCCAUGAACCAUGCACGCAUUGAGGUGAAUGGGUCUCGACAAGCUAUGGCAGUGCAGGAUUGGGCGGCUCAGCGGUGUACUAUUUCUUAUAGGGCACCAGAAUUGUUCAAUGUUAACAGUGAAUGUGUCAUUGACGAGAGGACUGAUAUAUGGUCUCUUGGGUGUGUGUUGUUCUCCAUGAUGUUUGGUGAAGGUCCCUAUGAUAUGAUUUUCCAGAAGGGAGACAGUGUGGCUUUGGCUGUUCAGAAUAACCUCUCUAUCCCUUCAAAUAAUAGGUACUCACGGGAGCUGGAGUCACUACUCUCCUCAAUGAUGGUGGUUAAUUAUCAAAAUCGUCCAUAUAUCUCUGUUGUGAUAUCUCAGCUUGAAGCAAUACAACCAGUUGUGAGAGGACAAGCUACAACUAGAAUAUGAUAAAGGACCUGGUCUCACAAUAGUGUACUUUUUAGCACCUUUUGCACCACAGGACCAAUGCCACUGAACUGGAGACCAGAAAGUGACUACAGUAGUUAUAAUUACUGACAGCUGUUGAGAAGUCAUUUCUUGACACUUUUAGUAAGUUUUUUAUUUUAUUUUUGGGGUAUUUUUUUAUUACCUGUUUUUCUUGUAUGAGACUCCACUGCCCUUUAUGUGUGUUAUACAGACAUUAUGCAUUGCCGGUUGCUGUCCAGACAGAAAAGACAACUGAAGCAAGUAUGUUCCAAUGAUACUAUGGCCUCGGAACUGUGGAACCUCUGUUGUGUCCAUUUUGUGUGUAUCUGUUACUCUUGCAUGGGAAAAAAGAGAACAUCUUUUUCUAGUUAAUCAACUACUACUUUUUUUUUCUUGUGUCUAAAAAAUACAGUUAUAUAUUUAGUAUUAAAAGAAUGAAAGCACACAUAAAUGUGUAUAUAUAACACCUUACAAUAUAUGAAAGAAGGUUGUAUUAAUACCUUGGGCCUAUAUGAUUGCAAGGAAAAGGCUGCAGAUUAUUGAUUCACUACUUUUUUGUCUUUUAACAGUGAAUGUUGGUUAUAGUUAAAGGGGCAUGCCAGUCAAAAUCCUCUUUCAUGAUUCCGAUAGAACAUACAAUUUUUUAAGGUACUUUUCAAUCCACUUCUAUAAUCAAAUUUACUUUGUUCGUUUGGUGUCCUUUGCUGAAAAGCAUACCUAGGUAGGCUCAAGAGCAGCAAAACACUGCUUAUAGCUAGCUACCGAUUGGUGACUACACAUAUGCCUCUUGGUCAUUGGCUCACCAGAUGUGUUUUCAGUGAGCGCCCUGUAGUGCAUUGCUGCUCUGGAGCUGACUUUAACUGUGUCUUUAAUUCAUUUGCAGGGGUAAACAUACAGUUAUAUGCAAGCAAUAGUGCAAUAAUAAAAUGGGUUAUCACAUUGGUUUUUUUAAGCAGUGCAAUGUAAAUAUUAAAGCUAUUUACAAUUGCUCCCAUUCAUGAAUCAAUGCUGAGAUUGUUUUAAUGUCGGUAACCACAAAAUAAUUCUCAUGUUUCGUUUCUGAACUGAGGACUUAAAUAUCUCGGCAUUUAGGCUGUUUUAUUCCCCUGGUGAAAGGGAUGUAAUGGAUUAUAGAACACAUUUUUGUGUGGCUUAAGCAUAAACCGCUACCAGCACACAAAGAAAACAUCAACAAAACCUAUGUGGCUCCAGAAUCUUGAGUCAGAUGUGCUGCCCUUUGUUGCCCUAUAUUGUAAGAUUUUAUUUACACGCUGUUGAAUUCUUGUAUGUACUAAAUAUAUGUGUAUACGAAAACAUACACCAUAUGUUUGUUCUUUUUUUAUUUUUACAAGAAAGUGUGGGUAUUUUCUGUGAUGAAGCAGCAAGAAAAUUCAAUCAAGUGGAGCUGGCAUCCAUAAGAAGACAAAUUCUAAUUCAUUCCAUCUGACUUGAGAACAUGUUAAUUAAACUUUUGUUUUAUCUGAAAGUAGUAUCAUUUUUAUACCUGCUCUUUAUGAAUAUAAAUACAUAAUUCAGCCUCACUAUAUAAGCCUUCCAGGAGCUAAGUUACUCACUUUGGCCCAGAUUACAAGUAGAGCGCUAAAUAUCGCUUGCGAGCAAGGGAUAUUAGCGCUCCACUUUGUAAUACCAGCGCACAAUUGCAAGUAAAUCGCAGCCAGCAUGACCAAAGCAACCAGGCAUCCUACAGAUGCACUGAUCUGAAAUAACAUUACCAACACACUAAUAGGCCAGUGACAGCCAUGAAUGUGCUUUUAGAGGCAAAGUAUACCAAUUCUGCAACGUGUCCCUGUUGGAGCAUCUAAUGUAAGUACAGUGGGGCAUUGUGACGCUGGCUACACACGAUUUCUGAGAGCUUUAGUAACAUAAAACAAAUGUGCACAAUAAGAUACAUUUAAGAAAUAAGACUUUCAUAGUUCCACAAAUACUGCACACAAAUAUUGAUCCUGGGGGUUGUCAGGUGUUGUAGUUAUCUGUGUAUGAAUUCAAGCCUUGUCAUACAACAUGUAAAAUUUGGUGCUUUCAAUGUGACCUCAGAUUCUGAAUCCUCCACAAUCAGAUUCUAUACUACCCCUGAUGGCUUUUCUAUGUUUAGGAGGACAAAUGAUUAGACCUUUGUCAGCUGUUUAAGGCAGAUUUAUUGCAUGUGAAAUGUAAAAAGAAAGUAUUAAACAUAUGUCAUGUC